AUGAGCUACUCUCCUAUUUUAAUACUAUUAUUCUCUAUAUAUUUUCUUACUUUGUAUCUUUCUGUUGAAGCAAGACAUCAUUCUCAUACAAAACACAAACAUUAUCAUAAUCCACCAUCUGAAAUUUCAAUACCUCCUUCUCCAUUACCUUCACCACCAUAUUUUAGUGCUCCUCCUGAAGAACUUCCUAGUCCUCCUCCUACUAGUGAUGAUAAUAAUUGCCAAAAUGUAUCUGGUUUAUUCGAUGUACGAACAUUUGGUGCCGUUGGAGAUGGAAUAACCGAUGAUACCGAGUCUUUCAAAAUGGCUUGGGACAGUGCUUGCCAAAGUGAAUUACCACUUAAUGUUAUCAUUGUUCCUAGUGGUUUCUCCUUCAUUGUUCAAUCUACUAUUUUCACAGGUCCUUGUAAUGGUGGAUUAGUAUUAAAGGUUGAUGGCACUCUUAUGACACCUGAUGGACCUGAAUCUUGGCUCAAAAACAACAGUAGGCGUCAAUGGUUAGUUUUUUAUAGAAUCAACGGUAUGUCACUUGAAGGAAGUGGUACAAUUGAUGGCAGAGGACAAAAAUGGUGGGAUCUUCCUUGUAAGCCUCGGAAGGGACCUAAUGGAACAACAUUACCAGGACCUUGUGACAGCCCAGUUGCUAUAAGAUUUUUCUUGAGUUCGAAUUUGACUGUACAAGGACUUAGGAUUAAAAACAGCCCUCAAUUCCAUUUCAGAUUCGAUGGCUGCCAAACUGUUCAUGUAGAAUCGAUCGUCAUAACAGCUCCGGCCUUGAGCCCGAACACCGAUGGAAUACACAUAGAAAAUACUAAUGAUGUCAAAAUAUAUAACUCUAUUGUUUCCAAUGGUGAUGAUUGUGUUUCCAUUGGAACUGGUUGCUUUGAUGUUGAUAUUAAAAACAUUACAUGUGGACCAGGUCAUGGCAUAAGCAUUGGAAGUUUGGGAAACCACAACUCAAGAGCAUGUGUAACAAACAUAACCGUACGAGAAUCAACUAUAAAAAUGUCCGAUAACGGAGUAAGAAUCAAGACAUGGCAAGGUGGAUCAGGAUCAGUAUCAGGAGUAACAUUUAAGAAUAUUCACAUGGAUACAGUGAAAAAUCCAAUUAUAAUUGACCAAUUUUACUGUCUCAGCAAAGAUUGCAGCAAUAAAACCUCUGCAGUUUUUGUAUCAGACAUAGUUUACACAAGCAUAAAAGGAACUUAUGAUAUUAAGCAUCCUCCUAUGCAUUUCGCGUGCAGCGACUCCGUCCCUUGCACAAACUUGACUCUCUCUGAUGUUGAGCUUCUUCCAUCUCAAGGAGAUAUUUUAAGUGAUGCUUUUUGUUGGAAUGCUUAUGGAAAUUCAGAGACUUUGACUAUUCCUCCAGUUUUUUGCUUGCUGGAUGGUAAUCCUCAGUCCAUUUCAGAUAAUGAUAUUAAUCAAUGUAGAUGA